GCGUGCGCAAAACUGUAGGAGGGGGCUGCGGGUGCGCGCGCCUCUUCCCCGCCCCCACCGCAGCAGAGCUCCGGCAUCAUGGCGGCGCCCGCGCCCGCGCCCGCGCCCCCACCGCGGCGUGCCACUCACCUCAUCUUUGACAUGGACGGUCUGCUUCUGGAUACCGAGCGGCUGUAUUCAGUGGUGUGUCAAGAAAUCUGCGGUCGCUACGGGAAGCAGUACGGCUGGGACGUGAAGUCCCUGGUGAUGGGAAAGACAGCGUUAGAAGCUGCCCAGAUCAUCAUAGACGUCCUGCAGCUCCCCAUGUGCAAGGAGGAGCUGGUGGAGGAGUGCCAUAGGAAGUUACAGGCACUGUUCCCCACCGCUGAGCUCAUGCCAGGCGUGGAGAGGCUCAUCCGCCACCUGCUGAAGCACGACGUCCCCUUCGCCGUGGCCACCAGCUCGGGGCGUGCGCCCUUCGAGAUGAAGACCAGCCGACACAAGGAGUUCUUCAGCUUGUUCAGCCACAUCGUGCUGGGGGACGAUCCCGAGGUGAAGAGCGGGAAGCCAGCCCCCGACAUCUUCCUGGCCUGUGCCAGGCGCUUCUCUCCUCCGCCGCCCUUGGAGCAGUGCCUCGUCUUUGAAGAUGCUCCCAAUGGGGUGGAGGCCGCCCUGGCAGCGGGGAUGCAGGUCGUCAUGGUUCCCGAUGAAAACCUGAGCCGCGACUUGACCACCAAGGCCACCGUGGUGCUGCGUUCCCUCCAGGACCUGCAGCCCGAGUUGUUUGGCCUGCCUGCCUUCGACUGAGGGCCAGACCCCCGGGUGCUGCCCCAGGCCGGUUUCACAACCCACACUGCUGAGGGUGGAUGGCAGGAACCAGGGCCAGAAGUGCCCACUGCAGCCCCCUCCAGCCUUCCCACGUGGCCUGGGCCGUUCUGUCACCAAGGCCAGCUGAAGAAAGACCCAGGGAAGACCCCAGCCAACAUCUAGCUUUUCUGUCUGCAUCUGUGAGUUCGGAAGCUGUGUUUGCACACACACAUGUAUACUGCAACGUGAUGUGCAUAAAUGUGAGUGCAUAUUUGUACGUAAGGGAUAUCCUUCUCCAAGACACCGUAGACGUUAUAUUUAUGUUCGUUUUCCAUCUUAGAUUUUCUGAAUUUACAUUCUGUGAAUCUAAAUGAUGUAUACAUGCAUGUAUAUGCAUGUAUGUAUGUAUAUGUGUAUGUGUGUAUAUAUAUAUCAUUCACAGUUUUGCAAUGGAGAAGGUAAUCUCUUAACUUUGUAACCCAAGUAGGGAAACCCAUGAUACUGGUGAACCUAAAGAAAUGAUUCUCCAAACUAGUCUUAAAUUAAUUCCUGUCCCCUCAGAAUCUCUCUUUGGACCCUUCCUCAGUGACACUCCUGGAGCUGUUACAUCAGUUGUUGUACUUGGAAUGUGUGUGUUAUCCACGUCCAACAACCUUUGCUACCUCAGCCAAAAUUCUCUUUUAAGAAUGGUCUUUUUGUUUUUUUAAACCUUUUUUGUUUGUGUGUUGGAAUAGGUAGUUUUCUCAAAUCGCUACUUGAACAGAGAUCGCAGUACAUUUUGGGCGUAAUCAGCCAGCACGUAUUUACCAGCUGCUUGUGUAGAUACACCCCGCCUUGGAAACUUGGCUUUCCCGAGGUGGCGUGCUAGUCAGAUCUGCUCCUUCUUGCCACCAGUAGACAGAAAAUCCUGGAGGCUUUAAAAUGGGGACAAAGGGAAAUACGCCACUUGUCCUUUUGUACCCUUCCAGGUGACUCCGACACGUACUGUUGUUGUUUUUCAACUGUAAACAUGACAGCCCAUGUGUUUGGUGGAUUGGGUCAGUUCUGCCUCUUAUCUAUUAAAUUCACUUCAGCAUUCUUGGUUA